UCGAUUUGGUUAUAUAAAUUUUCUAAAUAAAAGUGUUAUUUUCUUCCUUCUAGAGAGCGUAACCUAUUGGAUUUGCUAUCACGUGAUAAUUAUUUUGUUAUCAAAAAGAAUAAGUUGCGGGGGAAAUGUUGUCUCUGUCUGGAUGACACAUCUCUGACAGUUGACAGUCAAUAAUGUCAACUUUUUAUUAUUGAACUAAUUGGUAGAUUUUUUUUAAGAAAAAAAAAAUAAUAGCAGAUUUCUGAAAUAAAUAAUCAAAAAUGGAUACCGUGGAGCAAGAAGUUAAUGACGAUUAUUAUUUACAAUUAUCGUCUGAUCCUAUAAAAUUCGAAUCAGUGAGUUGUCUGACAAAUGUCUUUUUUGACGAUUCGAAACAACAAGUUUUUGCGAUUCGAUCUGGUGGUGUGACAGGGGUGCUAAUUAAAGGGCCAGAUGAGAAUAUAAGUUUUCGAAUGGAGGACAAAGGUCCUAUUAUUUCUAUAAAGUUUUCACCUGACAUGAAUAUUUUGGCAAUUCAACGAAGUACAUCGUCCGUUGAAUUUGUUAAUUACUCACCUUCAGCAGUAUUGGACGGCGUAGAAUAUUCGCAAUCGUGCAAAAAGAAUGCCUCUAUUUUAGGAUUCGUUUGGACUUAUGGCAAUGAAAUUCUAUUCGUUACCGAUCAUGGAGUAGAAUUAUUUCUUGUUGUACCGGAAAAACGGUGUAUAAAAACUCUUAAAUCGUUGAGUUUAUCUGUCCACUGGUUUGUAUUCUGUCCGCGAAGUUAUCUGGUUUUAUUAUCUUCGGGAAGCUCUGGCAAUCAAAUGCAGGCAUUGCAUAUAACAUCGGGAAAUCUACAGAAGAUAACAAAAUUUGAAAUGGAAGCGGGAACAACAAAACCGGGAAAACUUGCAGUUUCUGAAAGAGAUGUUGCUUUAGCUGUUUUAUAUGGAACACCUUGUAUAAUUGUCUUACGCCAUCAACCGGGAAUUAAUCGUUCAGUUGGUUCGGCGUUUGUUUACGUGUAUACGGUUCAUAAAAUGGUGACUAUAAAGAAAACUCAUAUUCUGAGGCUUGAUAUGAGUGGAAGGUUCGCUCUGAAUGUUGUAGAUAAUUUAAUUAUUGUUCAUCAUCAAGCGUCAAAAACCUCGAUGGUUUUCGAUAUUAUGCUUACCUCAGUGGGAGUGAGCGAUGGAGCUGUGAUUCAUCACACUGCUGUUGCAGUUCCGAAGCCAAUUAAGCCUUAUAGUUUAAAAGUGCCUGGUGCAACUGUACCUGUUAUGCAACCCUGCCAAUUAUAUUCUCCGAAUUGGGUUGUAUUUCAACCAAAUAUUGUAAUUGAUGUAAAAUUAGGUUGUCUAUGGUACAUUGAAUUGAGACUUGAAUCAUUCAUAAAACUGAUAACUGACAAAGUACUUCUUAUAGAUUUUCUUCUACAACGAAAAGAUGCGAAGCAAUUGUUGAUUCAAGUUUUACAAAGUCUUAUGACCCAAAUGCCAAAUACUCUAAUUGACAUGCCGAUUAUUUUCGAUAAACUUAAUACCGUCUAUAGAAGUCAUCUCGAAAAUGAAUUGCAGUGUCAGAUGGGAACACCUUUACUGAGCAAUACAAAAAAUCAGAAUGACGAGUCUGAAAAUUUAAAGUAUAAAUUAUUACUCGAUCAAAGUGAUAUGUACAGUUUGUAUGUAUUUCCCGAAAAUACGAUAGAGCCAAAAAUGAUAAUUUGGGUACUUCUUGAAUAUAUAAGAUCCUUGACAGAGCACGGUAUUCCCGUACAGCACUAUUUACAUGAACUAGUUAUAACUACUUUAGUUCAACGGAAAGCUUAUUAUCAACUUCAUCAGUUGUUACAAUACCACGUUGUUACUGAUUCAAAGCCACUAGCUUGUUUAUUACUUUCCCUUGAGAAUUUAUAUCCAGCAGCGCAUCAACUUGCAUUAGACAUGCUCAAACGCCUAGGAAAUGCACAUGAGGAAAUAAUUGAAGUCUUAUUAUCCAAAGGACAUAUUUUGCCCGCUCUGAGAUACGUUAGAUCAGUGGGAAUAAUUGAUCGAGUGUCGGCUAGAAAAUUUCUCGAAGUUGCAAAAGCAAAAAAUGAAAAUCUCCUGUUUCAUUCGGUCUUUGAAUUUUUCGAGCAAAGAAACUUGAGAUUACACAAUACGACAGCAUUUCAAAAAGGUGAACAUUGUCAGGCGUAUGUGCAACAUUAUAAACAAUUAUUUCACGAGGCAGAAAACAGUUCUAUUUCUGACACUAAUUCCAAUAUUUCCUCAACUUCAUAAAAUAAGACUGAAAAGGCUAUUAUUAUAUUUUUUAGUUGAAAUAUAUUGAUAAUAAUUUACUAAAAGAGAAUAAUGUACAGUUAUAUACAAUGAAGAAUUAAUAAUGAUAAGUAUUUAAAUAAACUGAGGUCAGUAUAUUUAAAAAAGA